AUGGCUCCUAAGAUUUCCUGGAAAUCUUUGCUACUCAGUUGUUUCAAGGCCAAGAGCCUGCCUUCAGAAGAACUCAGACGUAAAGUGUUGAAAGAAGAUUCUGUCCGAAGGUUAUCACUUGCUGAUAUAAGUGAUCUCUCAAGUGAUCAUCUCUCUAAUUCUGUCAUUGCAUCAAAUCUUCACAUUUUCACUCUGGCGGAACUUAAACAGAUUACUCAUGACUUUUCAUCAAGUAAUUUUCUUGGUGAAGGUGGAUUCGGGCCGGUGCACAAGGGGUUCGUUGAUGAUAAGUGUAGGCCGGGAAUGGAGGCUCAGCCUGUUGCUGUUAAGUUACUUGAUUUGGGUGGCACUCAGGGCCACAGGGAGUGGAUGACUGAAGUCGUCCUUCUCGGGCAAUUAAGGCACCCCCAUCUUGUGAAAUUGAUUGGGUAUUGUUGUGAGGAUGAGCACAGGCUUCUCGUUUACGAAUACAUGGCUAGAGGCAACCUGGAAAAUCUAUUAUUUCGAAGAUAUACUAGUUCAUUGCCAUGGUUGACGAGGAUAAAGAUUGUGGUUGGUGCUGCCAAAGGCCUAGCAUUUCUUCACGGGGAAGAGAAACCAGUGAUAUAUAGGGAUUUUAAGACUUCAAAUAUACUGCUAGACUCUGACUAUACCGCUAAGCUUUCUGAUUUUGGACUAGCAACGGAUGGUCCGGAAGAAAAUGAAACCCAUGUGUCAACGCGUGUUAUGGGCACCCAUGGCUAUGCUGCUCCCGAAUAUGUUAUGACUGGUCACUUGACAACGAUGAGUGAUGUUUACGGCUUUGGAGUGGUUCUGUUAGAAUUACUCACCGGAAAACGGGUUAUGGACAAGAGCCGUACUGCUAGAGAGCGGAAUCUGGUGAAUUGGGCAAUGCCUUUUUUGAAGGAUCCUCAUAAGCUAGACAGAAUAAUGGAUCCAAGACUCGAAGGUCAAUAUUCAAUUGAAGGCGCCAAGACAGUGGCUGCACUGGCUUUUCAAUGCUUGAGCCAUAAUCCUAAAUCCAGGCCAACAAUGAAUAAAGCUGUGAGAAUCUUGGAGCCUGUCUUGGAAUUAAAUGAUAUCCCAGUUGGUUCCUUUGUGUAUAUUGUUCCCACAGAGUGUAAAAUAAAAGAGGGCGAUCUAAAGGCAGUGCUACAUGAAGAAAUUAACAAGGGAAAAUUGAAAGGAAAUGAGGAAAGGGAGAAAGACAAAGGGCAUAAUCAACAACGAAAAAGUUAUAGGCAUAUGCAUCAACUAAGGUCUCGUACCGUCUAUUCUGAUACUGGUCUAUAA